CAGUCGGUGUUUGUGGGCGGGCCUCGUCGGUACAAAGUAGGGAGAACUACCCUACAUUCCUAUACAAAACGAUUAGUGCUUAGUGCAUUGCAUAGAGUGACAAAACUUGUGAUAAUGUGUUGUUUCAUUCAAAAAAUUUAUAAACGCAAUGAAAGUUGAUGGACAGUUCUAUAGUAACAUUUAUUUUUGAUCUAAUACCAAUAGUUAAGUGGGAAAAUCGAAGUAUAGUGACUAGUGAGGGACAAAUGCCGUCAUAUAAAUGUCUAUCCUUUGUCUUGUCUAUGGAUCGUGGGUUUAGGACUUGAGAUUUAAAUGUAAUAAAUUAAUUUAAAGUAGACGAAAAUCCUAGUGUUGUGUACAAAUGCCGUUAUAUCGAUGCCGAUGUCGAUGUCGGCCUUGGUGCUGAAGAGUGAUGUGCUCGAGCUGGUGCGCCUCCUGGAGGCGUGGUGGCGAGCGCUGCUCCUGUUUUGCAAGCUGCUGCUCUGCUACUGCAAGUCGCUGCAGUCCCCUGAAGUAAAAGUGCCGGCAAUGAUGGCGCCCAGCGUGUUCCAAAGGACUAAGUCGCCACGAUCUUCACCUGGAACUCUGCCUAGAAAAUUACGGAAUGGCACCGAACCGCCAGCACAAUCCGUCCCCACCGCAGAUUCCAGUCCUGGGAACUCGAUCUCUGAUGCUGAGAACUUCGAAUGCUACGGCGAGGCUGAUGGCGACGCACCAGCCAAUGCACUAGAGAAUGGAACAAGAAGUCCUGGUAAUCCGUUGAACAGGCAUUCAUGGACACGCACAAGCUUGCGAAGAACCCCACCUAGCCACCAGGAGAAUCUGCCGCACCGCCGCUGGGGCUCCAUGAGACACUCCGGCAAGCGACAAAUCGGCUCCAAUGUCUUAGCUAGCCAAUUGUAUCGCUCGUCGUCAUUCAACUCGUCUGGCUGCGGCUCGGGCGGGGAACCGGCGGAUGACAUGUACUCUGAUGUGUCCCUAGAAGAAGAUGUCCAGGGUCUCAAUUAUAAGGUGCAACUACUCCAGCAGCAAGUGACGUCAUUAGCAGAUACGCAGAGCACCGCAGACGAGCGGUACGCGCGAGCAAAGGCUGACAACGCGGUGCUACAGGCCAGGGUCCACAUGCUUGACGAACAGAUACGGGAGAUCGAAUGCCGCUGCGAGGAAAGCAUAGCGGAAGAAAAGAGGCGGAGUCGAGAAGCGAUAUCGCGUAUCGAACGCGAUCGGGACACGCAGCUGGCUGCCAUCACCGACCGCCUCGCCACCGCCGAAGCAGAGGCUUCCGACCUCAAGCAAGAGGUGGGCCGACUCCGUGGCGUGGCAGAAACAUUAAGAGCCAAUGCUGAGGCAGCUGCUAGGGCUCACCGCGAAGCUCAAGAGCAAGUGAGCGAGCUUUCAGCUCAAUUGAGCGCAGCGCGAGAAGCGGAACGCAGGGAGCGAGAGUCGGCUGCCGCUGCGGCGACAAUGCUGGCUGAUGCCAAGCUUGAACUACAAAGACUGCAGGAAGCGCCUCCACCGCCGCCUGAUCCACGCCUCGAUGAACUGAGAAAAGAGUUGGUCCUGCUGAGAACUCAGAACAAAUCUUUAUCAGAGGCACAAGAAGAGUUGCAAGCGCAGAUCCUGACACGCGGUGUGGAGGAGGGCCGCAGCCUGUUGGAUGGCGUUAGCGGGCCGCUCGUCGCUACAAACUCGCUGGCUCACGAGCUCUCGCAAAUGAGUGACGAUGAGCUCGAUGGUAGCCAAACACAAACUGAUCACAGCAUAGAGUUGGAAAAGCUACAAAAAGCUUUAAAAGAACAACAAGAUGUAAACGUGCAACUGAGGAAUUACAUCGAUGGAAUAUUGCUGGCCAUCGUCGAAAACUACCCGCAGUUACUGGAAGUCAAGUAUCAAAAGCAACCCGGCGAAAUAAAAUCAUAACACCAAACGUCUGCCAUUCUAUACUAUUCUCUUCACGAUUUACAAUACUGCAAUUUGUUAGUUCUUAAAUAUAUUACUUUAGAUGUGUUAACAAUAUUAUUAUUUUAUCAAAAUUUUGUUGAAUAAAAAUAAAAUUUAUAAAAUCGUUACUGUGAUAAUGAGUAAUGAAAUUCACGUGUGCUUUCUUAAAACUAAGAAACAAAAAAAAUAACUUUAGUCGAAUUAAAUAUGGUUAAUAUGAUAAACAAUUGAAAUUAUAAUAUUGGUGAAUCAAGAUGUAAAUAUUGUGAAUAUGGAAUUUUAAAUGGUAAAGGAAAAUAAUUAUUCCUUUUAUCUCAAAUUUAAUUAUUCUUUAUAAUAUGAAAUGUAUAAUUUAUUUAGUUAUAAUUUAAUGAAGAUCUGCGCGAGAUUUGAACGUUUCGUUAGUAGAGAAGGCCAGGCCGUCCAUAAUGAUAUUAAAUCAUUACUACUUAAAGCAAUUUUUAUGAAAGACUGUAUGAAUGUUACACUUGGGUAUGAAAUGGGUAUUCUUAAUUUGUCAUACAAUCAAUAGCAAAAACAGACUCCAAUAUCGAGUACCACUUCACAGGAACUAAGAAUUAUAUCUUAGAACUUUAUUUAAUGUAGAUUGAGUAAAUAUUCUGUUUAAGUAAAUUAGGAACCCAGUUUAACAAAGCCAUUGAAAUUGUGUAAUGUAAAAUAAUAUUACGUUUUUAACUAUAUACCUUAGUACCUAAAUGUUAUAGAUAAGAAAAUGUGUACCUAUAUUUUUACAUUGAGAUAUUUAUAAUGUAAGGUAGCGAGAGUAGAGGUAGGCAUUUGUGUACAUUUUGAUAAUAAUGAAGAUGUUCCGUAACAGUCAACAAUAUGAAUAAAUGAAUUCUAAUACAA